AUGAGUUUGACGAUGGAGACCAGUGUCUCUUUCCUCAAAUAUGAACUUGCAUCUACCAUCGAACAGGCAGUGACGUGUGCAGUAGAAACCGUUUUGAAGGAAACUGCUAGAGUAGUCGGUAUCAAACUGGCCGCAGCUCGGACUGCUGCUGCUGAGUCUCAUCGUGAGAACCAAAGUUUGAGAGAGAGACUUGACGUAUCGGAGGGUGAACUCAAAGCUACACGCUACUACAUGACAGCAGCCGAGAAGAACAUCAAACAGUGUUUACUUCUUAAUCACAACCAGCCUAGAUCCGGUGCUUUAGGUCCUGGUUCAGAAGAGUCUCUUUUUCUCUUUCCCCCCACUGCUUCGGGGAGUCCUUCCAACAUGCUCACGACCCGUGGGCCCAAGUCGUUUCGAGGCUCAUCCACACGAUCACAGUUUUCUAAGUCACUCCCCAGUGUAGGUCUUUGCUUACCAACAGUACAGCAUGAAUGGCCCAGGAGCAGCGAAAGCUUGACAAGAAUACGGACAUCCUCCUCCACUGUCUCUUCUACCAAUCCCUCACGAACAUCCAAAGUGCCACAAUUAGAGGUUGGAAACUCACCUCAUCACACUGAGGAGGAUACAGAGGGUCAAUUCUACAUUACAGACGAUGGUGUUGCAGAGAAAGGUAGGCUUAUGCCCUACACAUAAAAUAUUUAGGGUAUCUCAGAUUGUUCAGGCAAUUCUCACAUAAAAAAAGUAUUUUUAACAGUCUUUUUACCUUUGUUUCACAAACCAUUUUUGAGAAAAUCAUGAUGAAAGUGGCCGUUUUAUGCUCUUUUUAGACCUAUACAUGCUUCCUGAAAGACCCUAUGAUCUGUGAACCAUACAUGGAUGGUACAUACAUCUUGGUGUCAUUAUACUCCUUAUAAUCUGCUCUAAAAUAUUCUGAAAUAAAAUAAAAAAUCACAUUAAUUUAUUCAAUGUAAAAUAUUAUUAGUAUCUCAAAAGUACCCUUUUUGAUUUUGUUUAUUUGUUAGACAUAUUGUUUGGAACAAUAUACUCAUCAAAUACAUCACAUUUCCAGAGUGGGCUCUGCUACUUUUGAAGAAAUUAUCAAAUGUAUACAUAGAAAUUGACAUUAUAGUUAAUUAACCAAUCACAGCCCUCCUGUAGGAUUCAGCAAAUCACCAUCAGAGGGAGUUAUAAUGUAUGCCAUUAGGCAGACGCUAUUAUCCAAAGCACCUUGCAGUCAUGCGUGCAUACAUUUUACAUAUGGGUGGUCCCGGGAAUCGAACCCACUAUCCUGACGUUACAAGCGCCAUGCUCUACCAACUGAGCUACAGAGGACCACAGUUCCUUUUGAACCCAUUUUCGCGUUCACUGUGUUGGUCAUAAAAUUGAUCAGAACUUUAAAAGUAAGUCUCCACUCUGGAAAUGUGAUGUACUUGUAUAUUGUUUAAAACAAUGUCAAAAAAUUAACCAAAUCUAAAAGGGUACUGUUGAGAUAUUAAUAUUAGUCGUUUUAAUGUUGAAUAAAUGCAUGUGUAAAAUUGUAUUUCAGAAUGUAGCGAUACUGGAGCACACUAUUAGGAGUAUGACACCAAGGUUUUGUCUGUAUCAUAUACGGUUCAUGGAUCAUUGGGUCCAAAAAGGGCCUAAAAUUGACACUUUAAUUAUCAUGUUUUUAAUCAUGAUAACAAAUGUAAAAAGCAUAUCAAACAUACUUCCUCCCAAUGAAGUUUCUAUAUGAGAAUUGCCAGAACAAUUGGAGAUACCAAAAAUAUUUUCAGGCUAUGCUGGCAUGGAAUCACCCUAUUUGCAUGUACUCAACAAAUGAAAAGUCUCCUGCUCACUGAUCAUGAUAUCAUUCAUCUCUUUCAGAGUACAAAGUCUGUGCAAGUGGAGGAGAGGACUCUGGAAUAAUUCAACACAAGCAGGAGGGGGGAACAGUGGCAGCAGAGGUCCCUCGCAGAACUCCUGAUAUUACCAACUUUGAGUUGGAGAUGGGUCAGAGUCACCCAGCAGGCAAUGUGAAUGACCUGGGCCUGAUCCAGGUGCUCGAUGAGGUGGAUGAAGUCAAAAGAACAGUUAAAAUUGAAAACGACCCUGAUGUCCCUAGUAUGAUGGAGUCCCAGCUCCCUGAAUCAUCACAACAACUGCCACAGAUGCCAGCUCACAUUGAUAACAAUGAUGGUGACAAUGAUGGUAACUUCAUGGGGUUUGUCCCACCCCCUGCAGGGGACCCUGGUCUUAUUGGGGCUUUUGAAGUCCAAAUGGAGAGCUCGGAUAAGGUGCAUCGCUGCAACGUGUGUGGCCGGGGCUUCCGCCGCUUCUACUGCCUGAAGACACACCAGCGCAUUCACACAGGUGAGCGGCCGUAUCCCUGCAGGUAUUGCGAGAAGCGUUUCCGCCACCUGGACAGUCUGCAUAAGCACCAGCGCAUCCACACUGGGGAGAGGCCCUAUCGCUGUGCCCAGUGUGGCUGCUGUUUCAGGGAGCUGGGCCAGCUCAAGAAGCACAGGCUGACCCACUCACCUGCUCCCACCACACCCCAUCCGGCAGUGGCACUGUCUCUACUCCAAGCAGGGCCCUCCUACACAUGGCCACACCUCCACUCACAGUCCCUGGAUUCCUGA